CUGGAACAACACUGAGCAGAAGAGCAGAGCAGAGCAAGAUACGAAGAAGAAAUGGCGUCCAAAGCACUACUCCCAGCUCUGGUUCUCCUCGCCCUCGUCUGCGGCGAGCUCGUGAUCGCCGGCAACGCCCAGACGUACAUCGGCGGCACCAGCGCACCGUCACCGGCCGGAAUGCGGCCACUGCCCUACCCCUACGCCAGGGGAAGAGCUCCUGUCCGAACGGAACCACCGAACUACACUGCUGUUCGCCCCUCGAUAUCUGGGGAUGAUGCGACGGGAAGGGUUCCGGCCGUGGAGGAAGACAAGGCCUUCAUGAUCCACAGCGUGCCGGCACACGACCGCGUGCGCCCGGUUCCUGUUCCGCCUACCGCCAAUUAGUCGUCUAGUCUAGUUAGUGCGGCCGAGCUGGCCAGCCUAAGGCUAGAUUAUGUGGGAGAAACCAUGAAUCCCUAAGAACGAAUAAAUUGUCGGAAGUAAUUUGUACUGGUUGCAGGGUAACUCUGUUCCUGGCAGUUAGAUAAAAGUGGAGUAUAAUGAACUAAUGAUGUCCACUACAA